AUGGGAAGAAAAAAAUCACCAGCACUUUGGAUCUCGGCUGUUGUCGCUACGUCGGUGGCAGCAGCUGGUUACGAGUUUUAUAAGUACCUUACCAAGGACGAGGAGCAAACGAUUAGUGCCUCCAAGUACACCAACAAGUCCAUUGCAUUGACGUUGCUGCAUUCGGUGCUCAGCUCCGACUUGCCCCUAGAAGAAAUCAUCAUGAACCUGCAAAACGUCACCUUCAUUUUACCUCCACAUCUCCUGGUUGACGACUUGGCCGGGAACAUCGACACUCUGCAGAGCGGAUUGUCCCAGACACUUCUCAACAACUACAAGCUACUCAGGUGCCUGAAUUUGGACGGCUAUUUCCACAUGCUCAAGAACCUAAAGCCGGACACGCUAAUUGUGUGUGCGGACGACUUGGGCAUUCAUGACAAGAUGCCCAGGGACUUGCCCCGCUUUGUUCCUGAGGUUGUCACCUUGGAUCAGAACAAGGAACGGGUUCUGUCGAUCUUGACCAAGGUGUUCUUGAGGUAG